UGACGGACAGCGGGAUAGGGAGGGAGAAAGAGGCCGGGGAAGUGCUAAACGUGAAUCAGCAGUUUCUCUCCCACACUUUCCAGCUACGUGACUGACAAAAGGUUGAGACCGUGAGUUUACCCGAAGCUACCUGCGACAAGGAUUGUCCGGGUUUGAGGUUGUCUGUCAGGCUACAGUCGCUACUCGUUGUUCAGUGGACUGAUAAGCUCAGCGCUCAAGUGUUGCUGCUGUCUGGAUCGCACUCCCUGUCAUUGCUGGCUGUAUAAAUGGAUGGUGAAGGAGGCCUAGUGAGUGGAUGCAGCUAGAGAGAGAGUGGAAAAGGUCUCCCAGCGUGAUGAAUAUGGAGGACCUGGAGGAACCAGAGUUGGAUGUUGAGGAACAUAGCACCAAGAGGCCUCACAAGGAAUCAGCAGGCUCCCUCAGCAAGAUGAGACAAAAGCCUGAUAAUAGUGGAACUGAGCCUGAACUUUAUGGAGCAGAGUCCUCGUGCUUCCUGCCUGUCUAUCCCGUCUCUGUGCCUCACUACAGACUGGGGGAGAGAGGAGGAGGAGAAGAGGUGAGAGAACAGUUGAGAUCUCAUCAUCAUCUUUCUACCUUUGUGCUUCUCCCAGGCAAGUCCCAGCUCCAUACCAGACAUGGGACACUCUUGGAUCCAUAUCCAGGAGUCCUGGCUGCUCUGAUGGGGAUCUUGUCAGUGCUGCAGCUCACCUACACCUCCUGGGGGAGUCCUUGUCCCUGA